AUGAACAACUACUGGCUGGAAAGCAACAACAACAUCGCCAUUCCCCUCAAGGACAGCAUGAAGCUGAUCAACGGUCUCAAACCUGUCAAGCCAUUUCGUGGCCAGCUCCAGUACAACAAUCUUAGUUACGAAAUAGCUAGCCAUGUCAUCAAGGAACUCUCUGGCCAGACCUGGAGCGAGAUGCUGCAGUCCCGGCUCUUCGAUCCCCUCGAGAUGAAACGAACUGGCACGCACGAGAAUUUCGCUGGCCCGGACAAGGAGUAUGUCGGCGUCUACUUGAAUCAUGUUGGUACCGUGCACAUUGAUGUUUCAUUGACUGAUGGGCAACUCAACAUCAUAUUCCAAGGGCUCCCGGAUGAGGUAUGGCCAUUGCACCACUGGGAGCACGAUAUCUUCACGUGGCUUCCUGAAUCGCGGGAUGCAGUCGCAAGCCGAGGAAGAUUCACCUUCCAAAGUCCGGAUUAUUACAAGAUCAAGUUCGGCAUUUCCGAUGACGGUCAGGUGGAAUCACUGACCUGGAUUCAUGAAGGCUGGAACGUACCUGAAGGGGAAGACUUCUUCAAAGUGGGUACACAGAAGGCUACACAGAAGGAGUUUGGCCAGCAAGAACCACUACAGGGGCCUAAGCUUAGCUGA